AUGAGCAAUCUUCCGAGUGUUGAACAGCUAAAGUUGCAGGAAAAUCAUGACAAUAUAAAUCCCGUAAAUCCGUCUGCUGCUGUGGCGGGCGAUGGGGAGGAUGUGGUUGAUCCAUGGACUGUUACCAGUUCCUCCGAUGCAGGAAUUGAUUAUGAUAAAUUGAUAAAACGUUUUGGAAGCUCACAUAUCGAUAAAGAACUGAUCGAACGGUUGGAAAAGGUCGCUGGAAAACCGGUUCAUCAUCUGAUUCGUCGCGGUAUUUUCUUCUCGCAUCGCGACUUGCACACGCUCCUUAAUGCAGUGGAGGCGGGCAAAAAGUUUUACUUGUACACCGGUCGCGGACCUUCGUCAGAUUCGAUGCAUUUGGGUCACCUGGUGCCAUUUAUCGUAACCAAGUGGCUACAAGAAGCGUUUGAUGUUCCGCUAGUAAUUCAGCUAACCGAUGAUGAGAAAACUUUGUGGAAGGACUUAACGAUCGAGCAAUCGAUGCGUAUGGCACGAGAAAACGCGAAAGAUAUUAUCGCUAUUGGCUUCGAUCCGAACAAAACGUUCAUUUUUUCCAAUCUGCAGUUCAUGGGAUUGUGUCCCCAGUUUUAUCAGAACAUUAUUCGUAUCCAAAAAUGCGUAACCUUCAAUCAGGUGAAAGGAAUUUUUGGCUUCGGUGACUCCGAUGUGAUUGGAAAAAUCGGUUUUCCAGCGGCUCAAGCAGCACCCGCUUUUUCCACAACCUUUCCCUUCAUUUUCGGAAUGGACAAGCUGCCGGUACUGAUUCCAUGUGCAAUCGAUCAAGAUCCUUACUUCCGGAUGACACGAGACGUAUCACCUAGGCUUGGUUUUCCUAAACCAGCGUUAAUCCAUUCGAGCUUCUUUCCUGCUCUUCAAGGAGCAAAGACAAAAAUGUCGGCUAGCGAUGCCAACUCAGCCGUGUUCCUUACAGAUACCGCAAAGCAAAUCAAAACAAAGAUAAACAAACAUGCUUUCUCGGGUGGACGACAAACGCUGGAAGAACAUCGCGAGUUUGGUGGUAACACGGACAUCGAUGUGAGCUACCAACUUCUUCGCUUUUUCUUUGAAGAUGACGUGGAAUUGGAGCGGAUUCGUGUGGCUUAUGGAAAGGGUGAACUACUUAGUGGAGAAAUUAAGAAGAUCGCCAUUGAAACGCUUCAACCUAUUGUACUCGAGCAUCAGAGCCGGAGAAAAGAUGUAACCGAUGACGUGCUAAAUAUGUUCCUUACACCGAGGAAACUGAACUACGAUUUCAGUACUAGUUCCUGUGCUGAUAGCCCCAACGGAUCCGGUUCGGAAACGAAGAAAAAAAAUAAAGAAAAAAAGGCACCUAAGCAGAACUAGCUGCGCUCACGGCGACGUUGAUGGCAAACAGCAAGCAAUUAUCGGUACUUUAGAGGAUUAUGAUGGAAGCCACAUCAUCAAUUAUCCUUAUGACUUUCGGCUCCAGUGCUUCUAUAAAAUACUUUGCAAUGUCUAAAAACACAGACAUCCACUGCGGAAUAGAUUUGCCUUUCGAGCGUGCAAGUGGUCGAAGUAUGAAGAAAAGAAAAGUUGAAUAUUUAUUUAUUUUAUUUAUAGCCGCGCUGUUGCUUAGCUUUUUUUUGCAAAAAAAAGAUGCACGGUGAUGAAUAAACUUUAAAUA